ACCAUUAACCCACCCAUAAAAAUCUGCAUCCUCUGCCUUCUGCUUAUCCUCUGCCCUCUCUCUCUGCCCUCUCUCUCUCUCUCUCUCUCUCUCUCUCUGUUUCCUCCAUCUCCUUCCCUCAUCUUCUCUCAAGCGAACUCCGACCUGAGAUUGAUUCAUGGAAGAAGCUAAACAAGUUGAAUCUCGUGGACGACAUCAACGUCCAUUUCAAUUUGUCGAUUGAACAGUAGCAGCCGCCAAGGGACUUGAUUUUACUAUACUUGAAGUAGAACCACACGACUCCAACAAGGAAGACGACUAUGGCAAGGAUGAACAUAGACCCGGGAAAUCGAGCUUGUUGAGCUUCAAGUUCUGGAGAUUGGAUGGGAUUUCGCCGGACUUAGGGUUUGUGCGUCUAGGCAGCGUUCCGCUCAAGGUCGAGCCGCAGGCGGGGACGGUCGACGAAAGCACUCAGAGAGUGUCUUUUGGUUCGAAGAAAGGCUUUCCUCUGCAUAAUGGGUCGUGGAAGAAGAGAAAGCAGAUCUGCAGGUUGGGGCUUGACGCCACCCGCCUCUUUCCGUCGACAUAUCCUCUAACAGAUUGUCGGGAAGCUUUGAUUCUUCGAUUUCGUGUCCAGGUCUAGGGAAUGAUUGUGGCUGGCAAGAUCGCCAAGCUAGAAACGACCCCAGCCUACUUCUCUACUACCUUCGACGGGUCGAUUUGGAGCAGAUGAAAACUGGCGACGACGAAGUAGGAAGAAAUUGAUUCCUUGUCUUGCCGCAAUAAUAUGGAGGUUCGAUCCUAGUGCCGUUGGCGGAGCUAGGAUUGGAAGGAGAAAGAAGCUUUGCCUGCUCUGUUGUAGCUAAGACUUUCAAUGUCAAUUUGUUUGGGAGAAAGAAAGAGAGAAAGAGCUAUGGGGAAGAUGAAUGAGGGUAGCGGGUAUUAUGUCUUAGAUUGAGAAUUGCGGUGGUGGCCGCCGGUGGAAGAUGAGGAAGAGACGGAACGAAUAGAGGAAGAAGAAGAAGGGUGGAUGGGUCACGGGUUCGAUUCGGGUAUCUUAUGUGUCUGGUUUAUAAUAAAGUGACAGAUGGAUUUUUUUUUUGUUUAAAUUGGGUGACUAGGCAUCUCUGUUAGCCACGUCAGCAGUUAACUGACGGUACUAACGGAGUCUGACGAAGGUUAACGGAGAGUGACCGAACUUGGACUAUUCAACUAAUUUAAGUGACUACGAAUGGAAAAACCCAAUUCAAGUGACCAAACGUGAAAUUUUGUAGCAAUUACAGUGACCAAACUUGCAAUUUAGCCCUAUAAAAUGUGUCAUGAUUAGUCACUGAAAAAAUUAAUAUCAAUUUUGGUCACUCGAAUUAGGAAAAUGAUCCAUGUGUAGUCACUCUCCGUUAACUUUAUCUGAUGUAACAGUCAACAGUAACAAUUAACUGUUAAAUGUAUGACGUGGCAAUUAAAAAUUAAUAAAAAAUUUAAUUUAUUUUUUUUAAUAUUUCUACAUCAUUAAAGUAAUAACAAAAAUAAAUUAAAUCUGUUCUAAUCCGAGUUCCCCCGCAGCUCUCCUCGCUCCAGCAGUCUUCCUGAAUUGGGAGGCCGCAUCCUUCAUGUCGCCCAUGGAGAAGGGGAACGGAGAAUCGAUUGAUCAGUUGCGGGUGGCGGUGGUGGAAACCCUAGGUUAGAGAUUGGGAACAUUGGGGAAUUGAACGAAGAGGGAAAAUGGUGGGGGAGAGAGAAUAGGUUAAAGGAGAGAAGGGAUGAAAUUGGGUUGGUUUAUGGGUCGACUUUGGUUGAAUCUGAUGAUGUGGCAGGUUUGAUGACGUGGAAGGUAGGGUUUGAUGAUGCGGCGGAUUAAAAUAGUACACGUUAGCACUUUUGUUAGCCAUGUCAGCAAAUGACUGACGGUGUUUACGAAGACUGACGGAGAGUGACCAAACAUGGACCAUUUUACUAAUUUGAGUGACCAAUGUUGAAAUUAAAUAUUUCUAGUGACUAAAUAUGACACUUUUUAGUAAACUCAGUGAACAAACAUGAAAUUUACCCCUUUACUUUAUGGUGAAAAAUUGGACUUCUUUCUACCCAAAAAAAAUGGACAUCUUCCACGAUUUGGGCUUUUUAUGAAUCGCUUUCUGUGCACAGGCCAGUCCAGAGGCCCUUUAGUCCUUUCAACCAAAGCCGAGUCCAUCCACGAACCAAAAAAAACGUCCAUGUUUUGGACACAAGUGCCAAGGGUGAAAAGAAGGGAGACUGGGAGAGGAUAAGCUUAAGCUCCCACCAUCUCUACACAUUCUCUCUACUCCUCACAACAGCAAAGAGAAACGAAGGAGAGGUGGGCGAGCUUACCGUCGGACGGAUGUGCAAUUAGCCAUGACUGGUUCCUCGUCGUUAGUUUCCCAGAGCGUUCUGAUGGCGUUGACUGCCACAGUCAACAAAUUUACCUCAUCAAACGUCCACGCACUUCCCAGACCACAGCACAAGAAAGAUACCUCUUCUUCUUCUUCUUCAUCGUCUGGCGCAGCAGCUGCUAUUCCAUUUCAAGGAAGAAGAAGCGUCCUCUUAUCCGCCAUUAUUGGGGCUUACCCCAUUGCUACCGACUCCGGAACUGAGCUUCUCAACAAAUAUUUGAAGAAGUCAGAGGAAAACAAGGCCAAAAAUGACAAGGAGAGAUUGGAUAGCUAUUACAAGAGGAACUACAAGGAUUACUUCGAUUACGUGGAAGGUUCUGUGCGAGGUAAAAAGGAGGAGGAGCUUUCCGAUUCCGAGAAAAGAAUUCUUGAGUGGCUCAAGUCCAACAAGUAGAAAAAUAUUGUGUGUCGUACGUAGUGGGGGAACAAAAACACAUAAUGUACAUUUGAGGUGUUUCAGUUCAGGAAUUGGGUGGGUAAAACCCCUAGGUUGAUGGAGUUUGAUUCUGUUCCGGUGAGCAAAAUGGGCGUCACACAUAUGUUCGUCGACCCGCAGUAAGGUUUAUGGGUUGGAGGUUAUACGCGUCAUUGUGUUUUUAUUUUGUUUGUAAUCAGAUCAACGACGUAAUACUUGAAGUCGUCAUCGAUCUUAUUUGAAGUGGAUCGAACACUCUUUCUAUUUUUAAUUUUUAGGUAACUAAAUUUUUUUGCCCAAAUAUAUUGCAUAUUGUAUCAUAAUAUAGUUAGGUUUUUAUU